UUGCAGAUAGAGAGACAUACAAACCUGUUAUUCAAGCAAACUGAAUCACUAGUGUUACAUCGAUUCUUGCACGGCAGUAGUGCACAUUUACUUUUGUAUCUCCACUGUGCAAAACAGUGUUUUGCACUCAUUUAUAUUAUUUAAAAAACUAUCUUAUAGUCGGACUCGAUGGAUUUUCUGUGGCUGAUGUGUUUAACGGUGAGCAUCAGCGCCUGGUACGCAUCCGCAGAGCGACACAGCGUGUACUGGAACAGCUCAAACUCCAAUUUUCUAUGGGAUGACUACACUGUGGAGGUCCACAUUAAUGACUACCUAGACAUCAUAUGCCCUCACUACUCGCAUGGGAAGGUCCCAUCCCAGGAGGCAGAGCGGUACAUGCUCUACAUGGUGGAGCUGGAGGAUUACGAAGCCUGUAAGCCACAGUCCUUUGACCAGCUACGCUGGGAGUGCUCCAGACCCUUCGCUCCUCAUGCCCCAGAGAAGUUUUCAGAGAAGUUCCACUUCACUCCCUUUACUUUGGGCAAGGAGUUCCGCCAGGGGGAAAGUUACUACUAUAUUUCCAGUCCUCUUCACCAUCACGGGCAGGAGUGUUUGAGACUGAAGGUGGAUGUAGUUGGACCUCAUGGUUCCAAGAACAAGAAGACGAAGGAGAAGGAAGAGGAUAUUGAAGGAAAGAUGGCUGCAGGAGGCGUUCACAACCCAUCCAACAGGCUUCCAGCAGAUGACCCUAUUGCAAUAAUCCCAGUUGUGCAAAGGAGUGUGGGCAGUUCAGGUGUUCAUGUGUCUCCAGUCUCCAGCUUUGUCACGUUGAUCUCUGUAUUCAUCCUUCGGCUCCUCCACUGAGCAUGAUAAUGGGACUUUCUUGACUUUGGUCCAUUAGGACACAACAGACUUUUAUGCUGGUGCUGGUUACUGGCUCUGAAAAUAGAUUUUAUACAAAGUAUUUUUAUACAAACUAAAAUGACUGAAGUUUUUGUGCUGGUGUGCAAGUUACUGAGUGGUGUGUUUGUAUUUGUUAGAGUGGUGUUGUGACCAGAGAAAGGUUAAGAACCUUCUCCCUCAUUCUGCCUAAUUUUUCUUUAAGAGUAUUUACUGUUCUGUUAUUCUUUCCCUCAGCUCUUUUUACUUUUGUAGAGUGUGUGUGUGUGUGUGUGUGUGUGUGUGUGUGUGUGUGUGUGUAUUCUUU